UCUCAUCCACUCAUUCGCGAGGGCUCGCUCACCAACUCCACACGAACAGGGAUGCAGCGAGCGCGCAGCGCAGCCUGAAAAAUGGCACUACUCUUCCUUUGGAUCUAUCCAUCCCUUUUGCUUUUCUCACCUUUUCUUUUCCACGAAUUCGCACCAUGUGAAGGCUUACGGAAUUACCCAGAGAAUGAAGUGACGUUGUUGGACUCCAUGUCUGCUCUGGGAAACCUAGGCUGGGAGGCCUACCCUGCCGAGGGGUGGGAGGAGAUCAGUGUGAUGGAUGAGAGGAACACUCCCAUGCGUACCUACCAGGUGUGCAACGUGAUGGAGGCCAGUCAGAACAACUGGCUGAGGACGCGACACAUCGCCCGCGACGGAGCGCAGCGCGUCUACAUCGAGAUCAAGUUCACCCUCCGAGACUGUAACAGCCUGCCUGGAGUACCCGGCACCUGCAAAGAGACGUUCAACAUGUUCUACUAUGAGUCCAACAACGCCAACCUGUGGUUCAUCAAGGAGAGUCAGUACAUCAAGAUAGACACCAUCGCUGCUGACGAGAGCUUCACACAGGUGGAUGUGGGCGACCGUGUGAUGAAGCUCAACACAGAGGUGCGUGACAUCAGCAACCUGAGUAAGAAAGGGUUCUACCUGGCCUUCCAGGACCUGGGAGCCUGCAUCGCUCUGGUCUCUGUCCGUGUCUUCUACAAGAAGUGUCCCCUCACCGUGCUCAACCUGGCCCAGUUCCCCGACACCGUCACGGGGGGCGACUCGGCCCUGGUGGAGGUCAGAGGGCUGUGUGUGAACGCGUCAGAGGAGUUCGAGGCCCCCAGGAUGUACUGUAGCGCCGACGGGGGCUGGCUGGUGCCCAUCGGGAGGUGUGUGUGCAAGCCGGGGUACGAGGAGCAUAAAGACUUGUGCCAACCGUGCAGACCGGGCUCCUACAAGGCCUCAGCGACCGACGCCUACUGCACAAAAUGUCCCCCACAUAGCUCCUCACACCUGGAGAGAGCCUCCGAGUGUGUGUGUGAGAAAGGCUUCCACCGCGCGGAGACGGACCCGCGCUCCAUGGCCUGCACACGUCCCCCUUCGGCUCCAGAGAACACCAUCUCCACGGUCAAUGAGACAUGUGUCACACUAGAAUGGAGUCCCCCACGUGACACGGGAGGUCGAGGUGACAUCACCUACAGCCUCCGCUGCAGGAAGUGCUCUGGGGACGACAUGAAGUGUGCGCCCUGUGGCAGCGGAGUCCAUUUUGUGCCGAGGCAGUUUGGUCUCUCUGUGGCUAUGGUGAUGGUCACUGACCUGCAGCCACACAGCAACUACAGCUUCACCAUAGAGAGCCUGAAUGGAGUGUCUGAUCUGAGUCCCACACCCAGGGGAGCUGUGAUAGUUAAUGUCACCACCAGCCAGACAGUGAGUGUGGUCCUGAAGGAGAGGAGGAGCAAGGACAGUAUCACUCUGGCGUGGCAGGGCCCCGACAGACCCAAUGGAGCCAUAGUGGAGUAUGAAGUAAUUUACUAUGAGAAGAACCAGAGAGAGCAGAACUACACAGUCCUAAAGACCAGGUCCAAUGUGAUGACUGUAGAUGGUCUGAAGCCUGGUACUACAUAUGUGUUCCGUGUCCGAGCUAGAACGGAAGGGGGAUACGGCAACUACGGAGGAGAGAUAGAACUGGAGACCAGCCACGAAGACAUGUUGGCCAUAGACCCCAACCAGUCUACUAUUCUGGCUGUGUCCAUCGCUGGAGGCAUCGUACUGCUCAUCUUUCUGGUUGCCUGCUUCGUCGUCAGUGGCAGACACUGUGGAUACAUCAAAGCCAAACAGGACCCUGAUGAAGAGAAGAUGCAUUUUCAACAUGGACGAGUCAAACUCCCUGGCAGUAAGACCUAUAUUCAUCCACACACUUAUGAGGACCCUAACCAGGCAGUCAGAGACUUUGCCAAAGAGAUUGAUGCUUCCAGCAUCCGCAUCGAGAGAGUCAUCGGAGCGGGUGAGUUUGGGGAGGUGUGUAGUGGCCGUCUGCGUCUCCAGGGAAAGAGGGAGAUCUACGUGGCCAUAAAGAGUCUGAAGGCAGGAUACUCUGACAAACAGAGGCGGGACUUCCUCUCUGAAGCCAGCAUCAUGGGACAGUUCGACCACCCAAACAUCAUCAGACUGGAGGGCGUGGUCACACGAUGUAAGCCAGUGAUGAUCAUCACGGAGUUCAUGGAGAAUGGAUCCCUGGAUACCUUCCUGAAGAAACACGACGGUCAGUUCACAGUGAUCCAGUUGGUGGGCAUGCUGCGUGGCAUCGCGUCGGGCAUGAAGUACCUGUCUGACAUGAGCUACGUUCACCGAGACCUGGCCGCCCGCAACAUCCUGGUCAACAGCAACCUGGUGUGUAAGGUGUCUGACUUCGGCCUGUCCCGAGUACUGGAGGACGACCCCGAGGCAGCAUACACUACACGGGGAGGGAAGAUCCCCAUCCGAUGGACGUCUCCAGAGGCCAUUGCCUACAGGAAGUUCACGUCAGCCAGUGACGUGUGGAGCUACGGCAUCGUCAUGUGGGAGGUGGUCUCAUACGGAGAGAGACCCUACUGGGAGAUGUCCAACCAGGAUGUGAUAAAAGCGAUAGAUGAGGGAUACCGUCUCCCGGCCCCUAUGGACUGUCCUGUUGUCCUCCACCAGCUGAUGUUGGACUGCUGGGAGAAGGGCCGCAGCGAACGGCCCAAGUUUGGCCAGAUCGUCACCACCCUGGACAAGCUGAUCAGAAACCCAGCCAGACUCCGAGAGCUGGCCAACAGCUCAGUAUGCAGGGAAGACCCAACCACUCCGGAGUUUAGUGUGAGUACGGUGGAGGAGUGGCUGGAGGCCAUCAAGAUGGGCCAGUACAAGGAGAACUUCUCCAGCGCUGGAUACGUCACCCUGGACUCUGUCCUCUACAUCUCCAUCAGUGAGCUCGUUAAGAUGGAUGUGACUUUGGCGGGUCACCAGAAGAAGAUCCUCUCCAGUGUCCAGAGCCUGCAGACCCAGGGGACCCACGUCCAAGUAUAACAGUUUCCCCAUAGAGACACACUGAGCGAGAGAGAGAGAGAGAGAGAGAGGGCCAAAAUGGACGCUCUGCUUUGAGUUUAACCACUGAGACACGCUGAGAUUAAGCCAAUAUAGACAUCUUGGGUUGGGUUUCCCCAUACAAAGACACUUAGAUGGAGCCGUAAUGGACGCUCGGCUCCUUUACUUCCUCUUUGCAGCUUCACCAUUCCACCCGUCCUGGAUGUUUUGAUAGCGUAGGCACUUCCAGCUUCUGUCCACGCACUUAGAGGCUUAGCAACCCAGCAACCUCAGAAACCAGGCUACAUCCAAGACGUCUCUGACCGUAUCAAUAAGAACAACAAAAAUGGUAAAAAUAAAAAAUGAAGUCGAUUGUAAUUAUCAUCACUGUCUGUGAAGUUUAGUGUACAGUUGUUUUUAUGGUUGUUUUGUUUUUCGUUUUACAAUAAGCUGUUUUUUUUAUUUUCUACACAGUUUAUGGUGCCAGGAGAUAUUGUAUAUGUAUAGAUAAAUGUUUACAAGAGCUGUGUGUCAGUCCGCCAGUCUAGAACUGAACGUAAAGUUUGUAUCAGUGGUCAGGCAACGCAGGUGGGAUGUUCCUUCCUGGUGCAUGUGUUGCCAGGCCCCUCCCCUUCCUAUAAGCCCCUCCCCCAGGACGCUCUUCGACGUAUCAUGGAUGUGUGAGGGAGGUAGGAGAAAUAGAGGGAUGCGAAAAUACGAGAUGGAGAUGUCUGUUCAUGGUCUCAGAAGACUUCCAUUCCGUUUGGCCAGGAACAGACAGGGCUUCCAUAGCCACUGCUUCCAGACGCACACAGUUCACUUGAGUAAGUUCAUUUUAGUACAGCCUAGAGCAGCAACCUGUAGGACGCCGUCGGUAAGAAACCUGCAGGGCAAUACAGUGUUGGCACAUUUUCUUCCAAGGGUUGGCCUCAGUUGGAGAAGCUGUACCUUUUGGUGACAGAAGAGGAGCGGAGAAGUAGAUAGCCUUGUAUGUGUGACGUUGACACUGUUUGGAAUGUGUAUCUGUUUCGCCAUGUACAGUUAGUAUUGCUCUGAAAUGUUGGGCAAAGUCAGACUUGAUUGUGAGGUAGACUUGACUUGAGUAGACUGUGCCGAGUGAUGUUUUUUGCCUCAUUUCACCUCUUAUUAAUUAACAUGGGUUCAUUCACGGUUUGUCCUAACCACCUCUGUUCAGUCAUGCCAACUGCUUCCAAAUCUACAAGAGCCAAUGUCCUAUUCAAGCAAACCUGCUAACCUCAUUUCCUGGAUAAGUGAGAGAGAAAAAACAUCAAUGUCCUGUGCUCAACAAAACAACGUUUUCUAUGUGAAACGAAGGAAAUUCAACGUCAUAUCAAAACCAACAUGCCCUCUCACUUUGGGGAUGGGAGGGUGGAGUUUUGGACUAGGCCCCUUUGAUUGAAUAUGGUCGUCAAUGUCCACUGCACCCCUGUUUCUAUCUGGUUAUGUUUAUGAUAACAGUGUUAUUCUGCUACCUGACUGGACCACAAACACACCAACAUAUAUACCAUUGUACCAUACUGUAAAAUAUGUACAGAGUUGAUUUGAAACUCUAGAAUGUUUGUAACAAUAAUGGUGACGAUGAUGAUUACGGUGAUAACGACGGUAAUGAUAUACUUUUAUUCUGAAGGAGGAGAGAAAUCUGGCAUUUUUUCCCCUUGCGGAGGCGGGUCAUGGGAGAUAGGCAGCGUGUGAUUCGUUUGACCUGGCCUAUGGAAUGUACGUUUACGUAGCAUGGGUAUUAAGUUUCAUCCUUUGAUUGACAGGUGACAGGGAGUGCAGUUUUGACUCGGGCCGUGGACCUGAGGACGCUCGACUUUUAGAUGCCUUAUUUACUGUGCUACCUUUCCUUUUCCUGGUCCUCUCCUCCCCUGAUCCCCCAUAGAGGCGGAGUUAUGACUACAUCUGUACAUAGUAUUUAUCUGUUUCCCUGAGGUGACGUCACAGAAAAUAUAUAUUUUUUUUCUUUCUUUUUUUUUUCUUUAACUGAAAACCCCCAGGCGGUUAUCACCUCUGUUUUGGUUCUUUAAAAAAAAUAGUAUACAUAAAACUAUACUGCUGCUGUAAAUCAACCACCAGUUUAUUGGAAGCUGUAUUUGAAAAACACAUUAGAAAGUAAACUUUUCAUGUUUGUUUUGGUUUAGGAAUCUGACCUGUUGGUAUACUUGUCUGAACUCGUUGGUCAAUGUAUAGCAUAUACACAUUAUUCCCUUCGUAUCUCAAAGCUAUUUGAAGUGUUCCAAUGCCUCCCACACAUAUGAUGGAGAUGAGCAAAUCUCAACAGCUAAAUUAACCUUUGUCUUUCCAAUUUGUCUCUGAAGGUGUCUAUUAAUGAUGCGUUACCAACAAAUGAUGUAUUCGUUAUAGUGAAUGGAUUGAAUUGCCAGAAGCCUUUUGCGGUGUCAUCAAUUAGAUUCAAAUAUUCAACAAAUGACAGCAGCAUAUUGGGUCUGUUCGUUCAGACUCAAAACAGCAAAAUACUGCAAGACAGUGGUGACCAGUUGAAGGUUAGCUGUCUGUCAGUACUCAUAAUUUUACACUUUGAAAUUGUCCUCGUUUAUUAAGCUAAUCCAUCACUCCCCAACCGGACGUCAUAACCUUUGACCCAUAUCUCACCACCCUUGAACCUUAGCCAGGCUCUGAGUCCUGUCAUGUGGCUGGAUAACGUUUCCCCUUGGCACUGUUCAAAGGUCAGUUCUGUGUUCCCCGCCUAACAGUUAAAGUUAGGAUAUGGAAAUAGUAAGCUGAUCCUAAAUAAUUGUUGGUGAAGUCUUCUACCCCACAGCCAGGCCGGUUAUUUACAUGUUCCCAGACUGAUUCCUUGUGAGAUUGUUCUCUCGCUCUCCCUGGUCUUUCUUCCUUCCUGCCCUUGGCCCAUUAUAUUUAUCAUGGCAGAUUUCUAUACGCUUGUUCAAAGGGUGUACUCAUUCUAAAGUCCUUCAUGUCGCUGUAAUAAAUAUGCUAAUAUUUUUUAUUUCUCACCUGAA